AUGGAAUCCGACGCCGGCAGCUCCAUAGCUCGCCGGCGUCGCCGUCUCUUCUCCGCCUUUCAUCUCCUUGUUUCUCUUUCUCUCCAUUUCAACCGUUUUGUCGACGAUUCUCUUGUGUUGCUGGGUUUUUUAAUCUCUUUCACCGUCGUUAGCUACAAGAGAUGGUGUCGGUGCAGUCUCUUUAUAUUGUGGCUCUUGUGUAGCCCUUGUCCAUCUCUUAUGACUCCAUUAGAUCCAGAUCAGACUUCUAUGACUUACACUCCUACUCUUCAAGAGGUAUCUUCUGAGAUUUCAGAUCUGAAGAUGCAACGACGUGCGCUACCUUUCUCGUCUCCUAGGACGAUGAUUGUUCACCCUUCUGGGAAGAUUGAUUCUGUCUGGUUCUGGUGUGACUAUGGCUCUUGUACCAGUCUUUUUUGGCCACUGUUCAUCAGAUCUUUGUGCCUCAAAAGCUCUGAACACUUCAACAGAACUACUCCAGCAAGGAACUCCCUCUUCAAUGACCCACUGACCAAUCUCUGUUCACCGCGAACACUGCUCAUACAUGUGCUUUCCCACGACAACAACGACCAACGGCUCAGCUUUGAUUUCAGCAAAUCUUCAUGGUUCUAUCACGGGCCGAGAGAGAUCUUCUUUCACCUCCUCUUUCUCAAAGGAGAGACUCUUUCCACCAACAUCCCUCUUCGUAAGAGGUGA